GAAACUAGUGUGUUGUUGUCACCCUGCCAGUGAGGCUCAGUUGGGGGGUAAAAGCGCAGGACAACAGGGAUUUUAUUUGUGGAAGGCAAGGAUAGCUUUCAAGGGACCUAUCCUCUUAAUGCUAGUUGAAGACCCUUGAGAAGCCAUGACCAGAACUCUUGGACUAUUAAUACUCCUGUCUGCUCUCUGCUGCUGCCUAGCGGACAAUGUGAAUCUGCUCCGCACUAAGAGAGGGACUCGUUUUUACAGAGGUGAGCCUGACAGGCAGCCAGCCAGACGGACGCUUGUGGUUAUUCAUGUCGAGAAGUCGUCAUCUUCCUUUGACACCUCCUUACAAUGUACGGAUAGUGAGACGUCAGCAGUGCGUAGUUUUGGGGACACUUGGCUGCGAUGGAGGGGACAACGUGUGGAGUAUUGCCAUUGUGCAUUAAGAGGACGAGAGCGUUGUCAUAUUGUGCCCGUCAUCAACUGCUACGUGUCUCAGUGCUACAACGGAGGAACCUGUAAGGAGGCCGUCUACACUUCAGACUACAUUUGCCAGUGUCCCCCUGGCUUCAGUGGAACUCAGUGUGAGAUCAACACCAAAGAGAAGUGUGUUGUGGGGCAGGGUGAAGGAUACCGCGGCACAUGGAGCAUCAGUCAUUCCGGAGCAGAAUGCAUCAACUGGAACUCCACGUCUCUGAGAGGAAGAAGGUUCACCGCCAGGAAAGUGGACGCCAGCAGCCUCGGACUGGGCAAUCACAACUUCUGCAGGAACCCCGACACCGACAGCACUCCUUGGUGUUACAUCUAUAAAGGCACUCAGAUCGUCUGGGAGUUCUGCACCAUACCCAAAUGUCCAGAAGAUAAGUACCAAGAAUGUGUGCAGGGCGAGGGUCAGUCGUACAGAGGCACAGCGUCUGUCACUAAGAGCGGCUCUCGCUGUCUGCCGUGGGAUUCUCCAGCUGUCAAACGCAAGCUCAACAACGCUUGGAGAUCUGAUGCGCUGGAGCAGGGGCUGGGCAGCCACAGCUUCUGCAGGAAUCCAGAUGGUGAUGAAGGUCCAUGGUGUCACACCUACAAGAACAUGCAGCUGACCUGGGAGCUGUGUGACAUACCGAAAUGCUCGAGAGGUCCAUCUAUCAUCACCACUCUCGGCCCACGUGCUCCCACCACGAACAACAACGGAGCAACAUGUGGCCAGCGUUUAGACAACACCUUGAAUCGGCCGGUGUUCCGCAUGUUUGGGGGCAGAGUGAGUGACAUCACGGAGCAGCCGUGGCAGGCGGCCAUCAAUGUUUACCAGCCCCGUCACAGUAUGUACUUUCACCGAUGUGGAGGAAUCCUCAUUGACUCCUGUUGGAUCCUGUCUGCUGCACACUGCUUCGAGGACAAUACUAAAGCAGAAAAAAUGGAGGUGAUUUUGGGAAGAACCUUUCGGAAACAGAAUUCCAGCAGCGAGCAAAUAUUCAAGGUUGAGAAGUACUGGAUCCACGAGAAGUUUGACGCUGAAACAUUUGACAAUGACAUUGCACUUUUGAAGCUGAAGACGGACAUUGGCAUCUGUGCUGUAAACUCUCCAGAGGUUCUUCCUGCGUGUCUGCCUGAACGUGGGCUGGUGCUGCCCGACUGGACUGAGUGUGAGAUCUCCGGCUAUGGAAAAGACUCCCAAUUUUCUCCCGAAUAUUCCGAGCGUGUUAAGAGAGGUUACGUCCGCCUGUGGCCCAAAGAGCGCUGCAUCCCAGAUGUGCUGUCUGGACGCACAGUCACCUCCAACAUGCUGUGUGCAGGUGACACUCGAGGCUUGGACGAUGCCUGCAGUGGAGACUCUGGCGGCCCACUCGUCUGUCGAAACAACAACAAGAUGACUCUGAUGGGUGUGAUCAGCUGGGGUGAUGGGUGCGGGCAGAAAGAUAAGCCUGGAGUCUACACCCGUGUCACUCAUUAUAUCGACUGGAUCAAUGACAAAAUCAAGGCAAGCCCGGUGUAAAGAAAAAGAGACUGCAAAUAAGAUUUUAUUGUAUGGCCAUACCCAUAAACACAGUGGGUAAAAGAGCAAACACAGAUAUGUUUAUCAUUGAGAAGGUAGACAGCGAGAUCCGCAGGACUCUGAUUCUGUAGUUUAUUUGUUGAUCUAAACUGGUGGAGGUUUUAAAGCAGCCGGACCACUCUGACAGAGGCACACAACAACACCUCAAUCAUGAGUUUUCAUGCUCAAUGUAGCUCCAAGUUUUCUGUUCCUUUCUCCUGUGUUGAAUGUGACAGUAUAUAUGGACAGAAACAAAGGACAAACUCUUUUUCCUCCGUCUGGGCCAUCUUCAUCUUGGGUAAUACUUACAAACAAGCAUGUGUUUUAUUGUAUAUUGCCUCCACCAAAAUGGAGGUUCAGGCAGUGAACCUGAUAGGAAAAAUAGGAAAUAUCAGUAUAUUCCUCUGCUUCCUUUGCACAACACAGUAAGUCAGUAGGAAUGUAGGCAUUUUUUGUGCAAAGAUUGUGUCACAGCACCGUCUUCUAGGUAUUAUUUGAUUAGUUUUAAUGCAAAAUAGUCUGCAUUUGCUUACUUGUAGGGCUUUAGGUGUUUCAGACCUAAACACAAAGCAUAUCUGCUGGUUCAGAUUCUGCUUGUUUUUACAGUUUGAACUCCUUUAGCUCCCUGUUGCCUCAUAGGUGGGAUUAGAUUUUGACAUGUGGAGGCUCUGAGAAACUCCAUUCAAUAAACCUUAUUCAUUAUCAAUGUUUUUAAAACAGAUUUUCAGAGCACUUCUCCACCAGACACCUGGGUUGAGCCCAGCAUGUAUAUAACAUGUACAUUGGAAAUGACUUGGGGCUAUUCUUUCUUUAAACUGCUUAUUGACUGCAAAGCUUAUCUCCUAACAAACUCUCUUCUGUGACUGGGUUUUAAGUUGUUUUUUUUACUAAGUUAAUAUUUAUGUGUAUUUUAUAUUGUAUUGUAUUGGACUUUUGUACUGUAGUUUAUAAAUUAUUGUCUCUGUCAUUAUAACCACAUCUUGAAACAUACUCCUUUUUCAAUAAAUAAUAUUUGUAAUAAAUCUU